AUGGAACAAACAACUAAAAUCAUUCAAUUUAAAAAUACACUGGUAAAAGAACGGAAGCGACGAGAUUUUUUUAAUAUCUUCAGUGACAUCCAUCGACCUAACAUUGAAGCUCGUGAUAGUGGUACACUUAUUAUAGGUAAUAGUGAUAUAUAUUCUUCAAUACCACAGGCUACUUGGUUAAAAUUAGCUCGAAAUCAAACAAAUCGACUUGUUGAAGGUGCAACUGAUCUCGUAUUGACUCCAGUAAAUUGGCUUGCACACAUCACUAAUUACUGGCCAUUCUAUAUCAUCAGUGCUAUAAUUAUCUUGAGUUUAAUUACAUACCUGUAUUGUACUUUUCAAGCUCGUCUAGGACAUUUGAUGGUCAAUAAACAGUUCGAUCCAGCACUACUUACGAGAUUUCUUCAAUCACAUCAGCCUGCACAGAAAGCAAGUUCGAUUUAA